AUGGCGGAUACGACUGGUUUAAUGCAUUCACCAAUUGAUUUUUGUACUAAAGAUGUCGGAAAUCUUAGUACACCUUCUAUAACUGAUUCUAAUGAUGGAUUGUUGUGUAGAAUUUGUGAAAAAAUUAAAUAUUCUCCAAGAUUGUUAAGUUGUCUUCACUCAUUUUGUACUGAUUGUAUUAUUAAAUUACAAAAGAACGGAAAUGAUUUAUCAAAUAAAAAAAAUAAUGAAAAUUAUUCUAUGUGUAAUAAUUUUUGCAAUUACCUUACUGUUAGUGAUGCACCUGAUUCAGAUAAAGAGAAUAAUUGGAAGUCUAAUGGUUGUAUACGUUGUCCAAUAUGUUUUCAAUUGACAACGUUAGAUGAUUUGAGUAUUGAUGAAGUUUUACCAUUUGAUUAUCCUAUUAUUCAACAUUUAGAUAAAUCAAAACAUGUACCUAAUUCUGAAAUAUGCAAAAUUUGUAAUAAAGGUGACAAAGCAAUUGCUGCAUGUGAAUCAUGUAAACAUAUUUGUGAACAAUGUGUUACAAUGCAUAAACAUGUUUCUGUUUUUCAAAAUCAUAAAGUUAAAUUACUUAGUGAAAUUUCCCCAAACGGUGGUGCACCUUCAAAAAGAGAUUCACUUGAUUGUGAGUGUGGACAAAAAAAAGUAACUUAUUUUUGUGAUGAUUGUGAAGUUUUUAUAUGUAAUUCAUGUUUUGGAAAACAUAAUAAUCAUGCAAUUAAUGAAAGUUCAACAUGGAAUUCUGUUGGGUUAUGUAAUCAAUUUGAAGAUGUUUUAAAAUUAAUUGGAAAAGAAAGUGUUAAUGCUGAAUCUUUAUUAAGUAAUGAAGCUGAAAUGAAAGCAUGUGAUGAGUAUUUUGCAAUUGGUAUUGGAAAAAUUGAAUUUAUACAUGAAAGACUUGUUGAUGCUUUAAAUAAUUGGAAAAAUGAUAUGAUUAAUGAUUUAGAACAUAGAAAAAAUGGACUUAAAGAUCAAUUUGGUAAAUUACGAUAUAAUUGGACUGUUCUUAAUGGAAAAGAAGUUCAUAUGGUUGAUUUUGUUAAAAAUUUAGUUUCUCCUAACUUAGAUAAAGAGUUAUGGAAAUUAAAAAAGUCUAUUUUUGAACAAGCUAAUUAUUUAAUAAAUGAAUAUAAAAAACUUGAUAAAGAUACAAAAGUUGAAACACCAUUACAAUCUACAGAACACUUGAAAACAUCAAUUCAUAAUUAUUUGACAAAAUGUUUAAUACUUAUAUGGAAUUCUUUUUCAUCGGAAGUUGAAGAUAAUGUAAAACAUCAUAUUUCAAAUACUAAUUAUCCAUUAAAUCAAAUACCAGUAAAUAUUCAUGAACAAAAUUCAUACAAUAAUACGGCAUUUGAUUUUAAUAUUCAUUAUUCUAAUAAUACAGCCCGUGAAUAUCGUCCUCAUGGGAUGCAAUACAAUAAUGGUUCUGGUGAUUGUGAAUAUGAUGGUAAUACUUCAGACAUAAUACCUUCUUCUUCGACUUAUGGUGAAAAUUAUUGUGAUAAUUAUAAUAAUAAAAAUGUAAGAAAUUCUGAUUUACCUUCUUCACAAAAUGUUGAGGGAAAUAAUUAUGUUAGAAAUGUUCAAGAUCGUUCUAAAGAUUUUUCAUGGACACAAUAUAACACAAAUGCCCCUGUAUUUACUCCAACAUCAAAUAAUAAUCAAAAAUUGAACAUGAAUAAUAUUGUUCCAUAUGUUGGUUGUCCAAAUGGUAGUUUUGCUGAAAAUUCUCCUGUUUCACCUUGUCAUAAUCCAAUUUAUAGUAUAAAUAAUGAUAAUAAUUCAUCUCCAAAUAAUUCCAUUCCCGAUAUUGAUACACCACUUUAUAGCUUGAAUCCUAUGUCUCCAACAUACAAUAAAAAGUUUAACUUUUCAACAGGAAGUAGUUCAAUGCCACCACCAUCUUCUUUAAUUAUGACCACUUCAAAUAAUGGUAAAACAUGUAAAGGUAAAGAAAUGUCAUUAAGAUAUUCAGCAGGACUUUUUGGAAAUCCUCCUGAACAACUUAAUGCUCCUCAUGGAUUGUCAAUUGGACGUGAUGAGGAUGUUGUUGUAUGUGAUACUAAUAAUCAUCGUAUAGUUAUAUUUUCUGCAAAAAUGCAACAUUUUGUAUUUGGUUCAGGUGGAUGUGAAGAAGGGUUAUUGUAUUAUCCAAAAAAAAUUGUUACUUUUCAAUUCCGUGGAAAUUGGAUGCAUAUCAUAUUGGAUAGAGGUGCACCAUCAAGAUUACAAAUGUUUUCCUAUGAUGGAAUGUUUAAAUGUCGCUUUAAUAGUGGAAUAGGUAAUGAUAAUAUUAAUGCAAUGUCAUUUGAUGAAGAAAAGGAAACUUUAAUUAUAAUUGAUAAUAAGGGUAUAAUAACUGGGUUUGGUGUUGAUUCAAUUCCAGAAGCUCAUCGUCGUCUUGUAAUUAAUUGUGGUCGUCAUAUACGUGAACCUUCUGAUGUUAUAUAUCACAAGGGAUAUUAUUAUGUUUCUGAUUAUAAAGCACAUAAUGUUUGUGUUUUUGAUAAUCAGGCUAAUUUAAUUAAAAGAUUUGGCAAUUCCUCAAUAACUCCAUAUCCUGUUGGUUUAUCAAUAACCCAAAAUGAUAUAAUUCUUGUUGGAGAUUCUCAUGGCAAUAGAUACCACAUAUCUGGCUUUAAUAUUGAUGGAAUUUUAGUUACCGAACAUGAAUGUCCUGAUGUAAAAGUUUCAAGAUGUGUAGGUCUAAAAGUUGGGUCAGAUGGAAAUAUUAUAACUGUAUCAAAACAAAAUAAUCUUGUUUUGGUUUUUAAUCCGCUUCAAAAUAUAACAACACCCAUAUCAACAGCAACUUUAUCUAACUCUUCUUCAAAUGCAACGACUCGGUUUCACAUUUAA